AUGAGGACUUCACUCAUCUGCAUGGUGCUGCUUUCUGUGGCACUGUACGGAGCAGCAACGGGACGGGCUGGGAAGAGGGCUGGUGCUGGUUCGUCGGGCAGGUUUGCUAAUGCCACCCUGGUGCGUCUGUCGGAGUACCUGAGCUCGGGGUAUAAGAAAGGAGUGAGGCCUGUGAAAGACUGGAGGAGCUCCACUGUGGUGGCCAUCGAUCUCAUGGUCUACUCCAUACUCAACGUGGAUGAAAAGAAUCAGGUUCUGACGACGUAUGUGUGGUACAGACAGUCUUGGACAGACGAGUUCCUGGUGUGGGACCCAGACGACUUUGACGACGUGAAGCAGGUGUCUCUGCCCACGGCCAACGUGUGGGUGCCUGACAUCCUCAUCAACGAGUUUGUGGAUGUGGGUAAAUCUCCAGACAUCCCCUAUGUUUAUGUGACACACGAUGGACAGGUGAGGAACUACAAGCCCAUCCAGGUGGUCACAGCCUGCACCCUCAACAUCUACAACUUCCCCUUCGACGUGCAGAAGUGCAGCCUCACCUUCCAGAGCUGGCUCCACACCAUUGACGACAUAAACAUCACCCUGAUGCGGACCCCCGAGGAGCUGAGGGAGGAUAAGAGCGUGUUUAUGAACCAGGGCGAGUGGGAGCUGCUGCACAUCCUGUCCAACUACAAGAUCUUCAGUGUGGACAACGACGACUACUACGCCGAGAUGAAGUUCCACGUGGUGAUCCGACGCCGCCCGCUCUUCUACACAGUGAACCUCCUCUUGCCCAGUAUGUUCCUGAUGAUCAUGGAUGUGGUGGGCUUCUACCUGCCCCCGGACAGUGGAGAGAGAGUGUCCUUCAAGAUCACGCUGCUGCUGGGAUACUCCGUGUUCCUCAUCAUCGUGUCUGAUACUCUGCCAGCUACUGCCAUCGGGACGCCUCUCAUAGGGGUGUACUUUGUGGUGUGCAUGGCCCUCCUGGUGAUCAGCCUGACAGAGACGGUCCUGAUCGUCCGGCUGGUGCACAAACAGGACCUGCAGCCUCCGGUCCCUCACUCUCAAUACCUGGUCCUGGAGAAGGCCCCAGUGCUCUUCUGUAUCCACCAGAAACACCGGCUCUGCUCCAGACUCUCGUCCCACUCCCAGACAUCAGACCUCGAGCACUACAAGGACACCAACUACGGGACAGCCCAGUGCACCCUCCACCACAGCACUGACUUCAGCCGCAGACGCAGCCACCACGACCGGGACGGGGGUCUCCUUCUGGGCUUCCCCUCCUCCAGAGACCCACCAGCGCCCCCUCCUGUCAUGAACAACAUCCUACAAGAAGUCACGGCCAUCCGACAUUUCCUGGAGAAGAGAGACCGCUGCCGGGAGGUGGCUAAAGAGUGGCUCCAGGUGGGCUAUGUGCUGGAUGUACUGCUAUUUCGGGUCUACUUGGUUGCCAUGGUAACCUACAGCAUCACACUGGGCACAUUAUGGGCCGUGUGGCAGGGGGCAUGA